AUGGCCAGCACGGCAGUCCAGCUCCUGGGCUUCCUGCUCAGCUUCCUGGGCCUGGUGGGCACUCUGAUCACCACCAUUCUACCACAUUGGCGCAGGACGGCACACGUGGGCACCAACAUUCUGACAGCCGUGUCCUACCUGAAGGGGCUGUGGAUGGAAUGCGUGUGGCACAGCACCGGCAUCUACCAGUGCCAGAUCUACCGGUCCCUGUUGGCACUGCCCCGUGACCUGCAGGCUGCCCGGGCCCUCAUGGUCAUCUCCUGCCUCCUCUCAGGCAUGGCCUGCGCUUGUGCCGUCAUCGGCAUGAAGUGCACACAGUGUGCUAAAGGCACGCCUGCCAAGAUCACCUUUGCUAUCCUCGGGGGUGCGCUCUUCAUCCUGGCUGGCCUCCUAUGCAUGAUAGCUGUCUCCUGGACCACCAACGAUGUGGUGGAGAACUUCUACAACCCGCUGCUCCCCAGCACCAUGAAGUUCGAGAUCGGGCAGGCCCUGUACCUUGGCUUCAUCUCGUCCUCUCUCUCAAUCAUCGGUGGCAUACUACUCUGUCUGUCCUGCCAGGAUGAGGCGCCCUACAGGCCCUACCAUGCACAGCCCAGGGCCGCCACAGCCACAGCAGCCCCCGCACCCACAUACCGGCCACCGGCUGCCUACAAGGACAACCGGGCCCCCUCUGUGACCUCUGCCACACACAGCGGAUACAGGCUGAACGAUUAUGUGUGA